UAAAUUUUGAGUUGGUAAAAGUAUAAUUUCAUAAUGUAAUUACCAAAAAAUUUAUUUAAAGCAAUUACAGAAGAAACAAAAAUGGCACUGUAAAGUUCGUAUAGGAAUGGCAUUAUACUUUUUUCUUUUUUUGGCAACAAAAAGUGAGAAAUAAAAACCCCCGGGGAAAAAAAAGAAAAGGGAAAUGCCGCCUAUUUCAAUUAAUCAAACAGAAAAGGCCAAAACCACUUUAUAAUUUGUAGCAGUUCAUAUCAUCAUCGUCAUCAAUCUUUCUUCUUCUCUCUCUCUCUCAAAAUGGGGUUUUAUCUCUGCGUGUGAAAUUUGAAGAGUUUUCUUUCUUUAAUACAAAUCAUAUUCUAUCCAUUUCUUCGAGGAAAUCUGUUUCGAACUCACUUGCUCUCCGAGUGUUUUUCUGACACCAAACUUCCUCUCUCUUUGAAUCCAAGUUACCCCAUUUUUCUCUUUUUCCUUUUCCUUUUUUUUUUUAGUGUGUUUUAAUUUUCUGACUUCACUCUUUUUCACUCUCCCCACUUUUACUUUCUGGGUAGUUACUAAUUUCCCACAGGUUUCGUUCUAUUUCCCGUUUCUUGAACAAACCCAGCUGAUUUUUUCUUUUCUUUUUGCUCCUUUUCUGGGUUCUUUGAGCAAUUUCUUGAACUUCUGCUGUUGAUUAUGGAGUCUGUUCGUUUGAGGGUAUUCUUACUUAGCCUACUUCUCAUAGUUGGGAUUGCUGAGGCGUUUCCUCCAGAUGAAGUUUUUGCCCUGAAAGCCUUUAAGGAAGCCAUAUACGAAGACCCUUUUUUUGUCUUGACGAAUUGGCAAACUUUAGAUUCAGAUCCUUGUGAAUGUUUUGGCAUUUCUUGCACAGAGGCCCGAGAUCAUGUCACAAAGCUGAAUAUUAGCGGGGCAUCUCUGAAGGGUUUUCUUCCACCUGAGUUGUAUCUAUUGUCUUAUCUGGAAGAACUGUGAGUUCUUAUCGCAUUAACUACCUUUGAUCCCACCUUUUGAUAUUUCUAAAUCAUGUAACCGUAACGGGUGUAUACAACCGUCAUAUGCAGAAUUUUGCAUCAGAACGCGCUGAUUAGUACCAUACCCAAACAAAUUGGUUUGUUGAAAAACCUUAAGGUCUUGGAUUUGGGUGCGAACCAGCUUACUGGACCUAUUCCACCUGACCUUGCAAAUCUCGGAAGCAUUGUGAAAAUGUUAGUAAAUGUGCAUUUUAUUUACUGAGGGUUGCAACUUGUUUCUGGCUUUCUCUCGAACUCAACUUGAAUUUAUGUGCUGGUGUAUUAUGCAGAAAUCUUCAGUCUAAUGGGUUGACAGGGAAAUUACCUCCUGAACUUGGUAGUUUGAAGUCCCUUCAGGAACUUCGGUUGGACAGAAAUAAGCUCCAAGGGCCUGUCCCUGCCAGUAAUGGCUCAGAGUUUUCGAAUAAUGUCCAUGGAAUGUUCUCCACUAUGGAGGCAAGUGGUCUAUGCCGCUCAUCACAGUUGAAGGUUGUUGAUCUUUCAUACAACUUUUUCACUGGACUACUACCUAAGUGCUUGGAGCAUUUUCCAAGGGUGAGCUUCCAAGGGAAUUGCCUAGAUGAUAAGGUUCCAAAGCAACGACCUACUGGGCAGUGUGUCACUGGAGGUGCUCCAACAUCAAAUGGCCGUCAAGUAGUCAGCAAUAGCCACCAUGCUGUUGAAGAUCCCAAGCAUCAUACCUCCAGUCCGAAACCUUCCUGGCUUUUACCGCUGGAAAUAGUAACUGGGGUUAUGGUUGGUACCCUAGUACUGGGUAUUAUCAUCUCCGCUCUUCACAAGUGGAAAAAGAAACCUUUCAUUAUUAACCCAUGGAAGAGAUCAGCAAGUGAUAGGGGCUAUUCUACCAUUUGCGUAGAUCCUGAAAUCCUCAAAGGUGUAGCGAGAUUCAACAGGCAAGAACUUGAAGUAGCCUGUGAAGAUUUUAGCAAUAUUAUUGGAUCAUCACCAGACAGCCUCGUCUAUAAGGGUAAUAUUAAAGGUGGACCUGAAAUUGCUGUGAUAUCUCUUUGCGUUGCAGAAGAGCAUUGGACAGGCUAUUUGGAAUUUUAUUUUCAAAAGGAGGUGGCAGAUUUGUCCAGAUUAAAUCAUGAAAAUACUGGGAAGUUAUUGGGUUACUGCCGGGAGAGCAGUCCUUUUACAAGAAUGCUUGUUUUUGAGUAUGCAUCAAAUGGAACCUUGUAUGAGCACCUUCACUAUGGAGAAGGAUGUCAGUUAUCUUGGACACGGCGAAUGAGAAUUGUCAUUGGCAUUGCUAAGGGGCUGAAAUACCUUCAUACAGAACUUAAUCCACCAUUUACCAUCUCAGAACUGAAUUCCAGUGCAGUAUAUCUUACUGAUGACUUCUCUCCUAAGUUGGUUGAUUUUGAGAGCUGGAAGUCAAUCCUCUCUAGAUCAGAAAAGAAUUCUGGCAGCAUCAGCAGUGAAGGAGCUAUUUGUGUCCUUCCAAAUGCCAUGGAGGCACGGCAUCUAGAUAUACAGGGGAACAUAUACGCAUUUGGGAUCCUAAUACUAGAAAUAGUCAGUGGGAGGCCUCCAUAUUCUGAGGACAAGGGUUACUUGGUAGAUUGGGCUAAAGAAUAUCUUCAAGUGCCAGAAUCAAUGUCCUCUGUGGUGGAUCCUGAAUUGAAGCAUUUCAAGCUAGAAGAUCUUAAAGUGAUAUGUGAAGUCGUAAAUAUCUGCAUCCAGGCAAGCUCCCACAGUAUCAGUUCAAUGCAAGACUUGUGUGCAAGGUUAGAAAGUGGCAUCGACACCUCAGUAACUGCAGAACUUCGAGCGUCUUCUUUGGCGUGGGCGGAGCUUGCACUUGCAUCCUAAUACCUGAUGAUGCCGCAACAACACCUAACACUGUAAAUCCUGUUCGAAUUUCCUCUACCCUUUUCGCCUUCUCCCUUGCUGGUUUGUUACAGAAGCGAGCGAGAUGUUGUAAAUGCAGCAAUGUCACUAUAGAAAGUUUUUAGUAGUCCUUGUGACUGAUGAUUGAUUGAGAUACCAAUUCUUUGUAUACGGCUGACCUGUAGGUGAAGCAAUGUUAUAUAGCAGUUUUCAUUCUAACACAACAAAUGUUUCAUUCUGAAGCAAAGCAUCAUGAUGAGCCAAUUUACAGGAUAUUAGCCAUGCAUAUAAGAUAAAGGUUGUUACUUGUUGUCCACACGUUUCCACAUUUUUGGCGCAACUGUAUAUUCAUUUUUGUCUCUUAUCAGUAUUUGCAUAAGAUAUGGAGUAAUUUUAUACCAUAGUUUACUAACAAACAAUGAUCUUAAAAUUGGAGUUUGUACAGAUAGACGGAAUCCGAAAUUGGAUAAUAAUUUCAAUAAUUUCCCCUAAUUUGUUCAUCAAAUUUGGAUCUCAGAAUGGGAUUUUUGUUUAGUAAUGAUUGCAUACAUUUAUCAACGAGAAAUUAAAAUUUGACUAGGAAAAUUCUGACGCCAAAACACCAUUAUACAAAGAAAAAUGGGCCUGGAUUAACAUUUUAUCAAAUGUACGUCAGUCGAGCUAGCCUUCACAAUCGACGAACCUCAUUGCCGGCCGGCCCAGAAAGGUGGGUGCUUUUUACGGCCAAAGGGAAAUUGGCGCCUUUGUCUUUUCUGAAUGUUCCAACUCCCACGCCUGCUAAAACCACGGCUCCGCCACCACGAACCGUCACUUUGCCAUUUCCAGAUAACUGAUCAUUGUUGAGUGUUGACCCAGGUCAGACUGCUAUUUGACUUUGGAAGCUUUUCAUUCCAAUCCACAUCUGGAUUUCGUUUUUCAAAUAUGUUUCACCGUGUUUGUUCAGCUAUAAUCUGCCCUAGUGAAUUCCUGUGUUGGGUAGUGGAUUGCCUUCUUCCAGAAAUUGUAAAGUUAUAUUUAAUUCUGAAUUAGUUACUGUUCUGGGUUUUUGGAAUAGCAAAUGUUCACUGGAAAUGGUUCCAAGAAUCGUGAUAAACUUCUGGAUGAAGAGAUUUUUUGGAUGUAAUUUGAUAGUGCAUUUCUAAUCUUCUUCGGUAUCAUGCAAAGCAGCUCUCUUUAUUUCAUUAAUUUUCUCCAACUUUUGAGAUUCUGAUUAGCUGUUUCUUUUUUUUUUUUCUUUUUUUUUGCUGACGGACCAAGUAAUCUCUGCUAGAUUUUUCUUUCUAUUUUUUAGUAUAGUAUCAGUGAUAUAGUAUGAUUCCUUAGUUCAAUCAUUAGUAUAGAUGGUACUGGUUGGAUAUCAUAUACGGAUGCACAAAGUUUCUGUUAGUAUGCUGAACAUAUUUCUCUUGCUGAUCACUUAGCCAUUUUGCUUGUCCUCAAAAAGAUUUUAUGAUUGACUUGUCAGCCAAGAGGUUUGCUUUAUUCAGGAU